AUGCUGCUCCAACUGGCGCAGCUCCCCUUGCUCGCGGCCCUCGCGCUGGCCGCACCAUACAAGCGCGCAACCACCACCGACGGUGCCUCAGUCGCAGCCCAAAGCUUCGACUAUGUCAUUGCAGGCGGCGGUCUGACUGGUGUCGUCGUCGCGCGCCGCCUGGCAGAGGCGAACCACCGCGUCCUCCUCGUCGAGGCCGGCGGAGAUGAAGAGGGCAACAGCCUCGUCACUGACGCAUCCAAGUACACGCAGUCGUUUGACAGUGCAAUCGAUUGGGCCUUCAACACCGUCCCCCAGCCCCAGGGCGGAGGCAAGAGCAUGAAGAUUCGUGCCGGAAAGGGUCUCGGCGGCUCGACGCUCAUCAACGGCAUGGCGUGGACGAAACCGCACACGUUCCAGCUCGAUGACCUCGAGACGCUCGGAAACGCGGGCUUGAACUGGGACACGCUCGCGCCUUUGAUGCGGAGCGUUGAGACGUACCACCCCCCUUCGUCCGAGCAGCAGGCCGCCGGGCUCACUUUUGACACCUCGUGCCACGGCACCUCUGGCCCGAUUGGCGUCAACAUCAACCCCGGUGUCCCCGUCGCAUUCGAGAAGGUGUUCAACAACACUGGCGCAUCCCUCGGUCCUUACGCCCGCGAUCUCUCCUGCGGCAACCCCGCCAUCCUCGGCCCUGUCGCGCACAACCAGGUCAACAACCGCCGCUCAGACGCGUACCAGGGGUACCUGUGGCAGAAAGACUUCCCCUCUCUGACGAUUCUGACCAACGCCGUCGUCGGCAAGGUGACCUUCUCCGGUACGCGUGCCACGGGCGUCGAGUUCCGCGACCAGUCAGGCACGACCCGCACCGUUUCCGCGGUCAAGGAAGUCCUGCUCGCUGCCGGCUCGAUCCGCACCCCUGUCCUCCUCCAGCACAGUGGUAUUGGUCCCCGCGCCUUCCUCGAGAGCGCCGGCGUGAAUGUGCUGGUUGACCUGCCCGCGGGCCAGAACCUGAUCGACCAGACGACCUCGACGACCUCGUUCCAAUUCACGGGUGGCGCAGCGGGAGGCGGGCAGUCGAUCCUGUUCCCCCGCUUCCAGGACAUUGCCGGCGGAGACUCUUCGCGUCUCUCUGGCCUGCUCCAGGCAAACCUGGACAAGUGGGCACAGGAGGCUGUCGAUGCCGGCGCUAGUGGCAGCAAGGAGGGCCUGAAGAAGGUCAUGACGCUGCAGCGCGACUGGAUCCUGAACGACGGCGCGGCCGUCGGCGAGGCCUUUGACUGGACCGGCGGCGACAGCGUCAACUACGACACCUGGUUCCUUCUCCCCUUUGGACGCGGAUUCGUGCGUAUCUCAUCCAACGACCCCUACUCGAACGCGUUCACGGUCGACCCGCGGUUCUUCACGAACGAGUUUGACCGCCUCGCCACAGCCGCCACGCUGCGGUACACGCGCACUUACAGCCGCACCCAGCCCCUCGCCGGCAUCAUUACCAACGAGUGGAAGCCCGGAUCAAACACGGGCGACAGUCUCGAGGACUGGCUCAACUUUGCGCGCAACGACUACAGGUCCAACUGGCACCCCAUCGGAACGUGCGCCAUGCAGCCGAGGGCUGAUGGCGGCGUCGUCGACGCCAACCACAGGGUGUACGGCACGCAGGGACUGCGCGUGCUCGAUGCGUCCGUGCUGCCUUUCCAGGUGUCGAGCCACCUCAUGACGGUGCUGUACGGUCUGGCGGAGCGCGCGGCAGAGGUGAUCAAGAAGGAUGCUUGUGCCGUCUAA